AUGACGACGCCUGCUGACGUCAUAUUCUGCGGAAAUCCUGGUGCAGGGAAGAGCACUUUGCUAUCUUGCGUCAGUGGUCGUCAGUUCAGAUCUGGCGAGUCGGCAUGGUGCGGCUUUUGCAGCGAUUUUCAAUUUCAGGAAAGUUGCCGCUUUCCUGGGUAUCGGUUUGCUGAUACCCCUGGCUUGGCAGACUGCAAAUCUGCUGAGAACGCUGCGAAAGCGAUCACCCAGACCUUAAUGGAUGCUGUGCGUAAAGGGCGUGCUGUCAAGCUGUUUUUCGUGGUUCCCAGUGAAGGUGGCCGCAUCACGGCUGAGCAUCUGUUGACAAUUCGGAAAGUCUUGGGAUGUAUAACGCUGGUAGAUGGCACCUCGCCAUCAGCCAAUUCAUACGCUGUCAUCAUCAACAAGUGCGACACGGCCUUGCCAGAGCAUCAGGCAAGGGUUAGGGAAGGCUUUGCAGUUCGGAGCCCGAGUCUGCCAAUUCCUACGUGUCACGUGAUCUUUCUUCCACGUGUGGGGGCCUUGAGUGGAAAGGACAACGCAAGCCAUCAUUUUGAAGGCCUGCAAGAUUUUGUGCUCAAUGUCCCUGCUGUUGCACUUGCAAAUGUCGCGGAGAUCUCUUGCCAAAGCACGGUCGAAGAGCUCAAACAACUCCAACAGAACGUGUCGCUGGCCUUUGACGAACAAGCGGCAAGGCAUGAAGCAGAGAAGAGGCGCUGGGAGCAGGAUGCCAGAGAUGUGGAAUCGGCGCUCAGGGAGGCGUAUUUGAUCCAGUUGAGACAGGAGGGAGAGGCCGCAACAUGUCAGUUGCAGCAACUGCGUGGCUACCUGGCAAGCCAAACGGAAGAGGGAUCCCAUCUGGAGAUGCAACUUGCGGAGCAACAGCGUAUGCAGGAGUUGACAAAGCAGGUGCGCGAGGACCACUUGCGUGAUCUGCGGAGACAGCAGAGGAUGAAGGAGAGGGACUGGCGGCGGUCGAUACAGGAGCACUGGGACCGCGAGACACUGCUGGAGAGCGACAGGCCGGUGGAGGUUCUCACCUUCUCUGCCAAGGCCACUCUCCCCGGCAUCGCAUGA